UGUUGGAUGGAACUGGCUCUGAGCUCUGUGGCGACCGGACUUCCCAGGAAACUUUUUACCGUUUUCCAUCUUCGCUCAGUCGCUGCAAUCUUGACCUUAUUGUAAAGAGGAGCGGGACGUUACACUGCACCCCUAAACAUUUUCUGGCAACCGAGUCUUGCGGACCUCCGGGAUAAACCGAACCGGUGUGAGGGGUCGGAGGAAGGCCACGGAUGACCGAGGGAUUGUUUAUGUAUCUUUUUGGAUCUCCUAUAACGAGUUACAGUCGGUGCAUACUUUAUAAAUUGAUCCAUAAUAAUGAGUGGACAUCCGCCGCAACGGCGGCAAACAAAUAUCGGUUCUAUACUACUGACACCGCAGGAAAAUGACAGCCUUUUCAACCACCUUGGAAGGAAAUGCAUCUCAUUGUCUUCAGCAGUGGUCCAGGUGUUCACAGCAGAAAGGAACUCCAGCUGGAACAAGAAAUGCUGCGGGGUGGCCUGUCUGGUCAAAGAUAACCCCCUACGAUCCUACUUCAUCAGGGUCCUAGACAUCAAGGACGGUAAGAUUAUGUUUGAGCAGGAGCUGUACAACAACUUCAGCAUCUACCUCCCCAAACCGUACUUCAUCACAUUUACUGGAGAUACAUGCCAAGUGGGUCUGAACUUUGCCAGUGAGGAGGAGACCAAACGUUUCCGUAGCCAAGUGAAUGAGCUGAUCGGGAGAAGACAGAGGAAAACUGAGAAGAGACGCGACCCUGCAAAUGGCCCAACGUUGCCCAUGGCUACUGUCGACAUCAAAAACCCAGAGAUCAGCACUGUUCAUCGUUACCAAAACAACUCUCAGGUGAACAACAUCGUGCACUCGUCCUUUCCCAAGAGAGAGAAAAAGGGCAAGGCCAAGAAGAAGAGGUUGACCAAGGCGGACAUCGGCACACCAAGCAACUUCCAGCACAUUGGUCAUGUAGGAUGGGAUCCAAACACAGGCUUUGAUUUGAACAACUUGGACCCUGAGCUGAAGAAUCUGUUCGAUAUGUGCGGCAUUUCCGAGGCUCAGCUGAAGGACAAGGAGACCUCUAAGGUCAUCUACGACUUCAUUGAGAAGAAAGGAGGCGUAGAAGCUGUCAAAAAUGAGCUACGGAGACAAGCUCCUCCGCCCCCUCCAUCCAGAGGCGGCCCUCCUCCCCCACCCCCCCCACCACGGUCAGCCCCUCCCCCCCCUCCUCCCGCCAGGGGCAGAGGUGCCCCGCCGCCUCCUCCCCCCUCCAGAGCUCCCAUCUCUGCGCCCCCUCCUCCCCCUCCAUCCCGACCGGGCAUGUCCGCCCCGCCGCCGCCUCCGCCGCCCAGCCGAGGCUCUCUCCCGCCUCCCCCUCCACCGGCCCACGCCUCAAUUCCUGUGGCGCCUCCCCCACCACCUCCUCCUCCAUCAUCCAGUGGCGGAGGACCGCCUCCUCCCCCUCCUCCUCCUCCGCCUCCUGGCCCUCCACCUCCCGCUCCUCCGCCGCUGCCCACGGAGGCUAACGGAGGGGACGGCGGUCUGGGCAAAGGGGCACUGCUGAGUCAGAUCAGAGAAGGCACCCAGCUGAAGAAGGUGGAGCAGAAGGAGAGGCCCGUGUCCAACACCGGCAGAGACGCACUCCUGGACCAAAUCAGACAAGGAAUCCAACUCAAAGCGCGGGAUGACAAUCCAGAUUCAGGCCCUACCACCCCCGCCCCCUCAGCAGGCAUCGUCGGGGCCCUGAUGGAGGUGAUGCAGAAACGGAGCAAGGCUAUCCACUCUUCAGAUGAGGACGAUGAUGAUGACGAGGACGAGGACUUUGAGGAUGAUGAUGAAUGGGAGGACUAGCGAUAUUUUGUCUUUUUUUUUUUUUUGUCCCUCCCCAACCCAUGGAUGAUUAUGACACUAAAAUAGUUCUUGUCUUUCUAAAAAAAAAAAGAAAUCUUUAACUUCAAAAAUUCUAAAUGUAAAUGUUCUAUCAAUUUGCUGUAUAUUUUUGUUGCCUUUAUGCUUUUUUUUUAUUAUUAAUCUGUGCAAUACCUCAUUUAAUCUGUAAAUGUUUGUCAUUCUCAUAUCUUAGGUUGUUGUUACUUUAUCUCCAUCAUGUCUGUGUCCAGUCUAUCGGCUCCGUCUCGGUCCCUUGAUAGUGAUAUGUCACAUAUCUCAUUUUAACUGUGUUCUGCUUUUUCCGUCUCUCUUCAUCUCUUUCUCCUCCUCCCACGCCCCCGACUCUUUCAUGUUGAUCACCUCCAUCUGUCGCUCAGCCAUCUUUCAGAUCUGUUGACCCCCAUCGCACACCUUCCCUUCCUGUCACUCUCUCCCAUGUUCCCAGAUUUAACACGUGCAAUUUUACAUCAAGUUGUCUCUUAGAGUUGAAUGAUCUAUUUCUUUUGGUCAGUGAUUGAAGGGAGGGCUUAGUCGCCCCGAAUCCUUUAUCAAUCGUGUCUUCAUUGUUCGUCAGGAGGAAAAAAAAAACUAUUUUCAUACCCUAUUGCUCUCUAGUUUAUUUUUACUUAUUCAAAUGAUCCUAGUUUAGCACUCAUAUUUUCUUAAAAACAAAGAAGAAAAAAAGGAAAAUGCUCUUUUUGGAAUAUUUAGCUUCAUUUGCUGUCGACUGUAAAUUUGCUCCAGAGUUUGAGUCUUGUUAUAUUUUUGCACAGAUUGAAAGAGGAGACUCGCUGCAUGAAUACAGGACAUUUUCAGGUCUGUAUCAUUACGGAACAUACAUAUGCUUUAAGUAAUGAGGCACUUGGACAUUAAGCAUUUUAACUCACCACACUACAUACAUUGAGGUAGCCCACAGUGUUAUUGCUGGCUAUCCGUUGUGAAUUUUAGUUCUUUUUGUUAUCACUGUCACACUACAGAUUCAGUUGAAUUUUUUUUUUCUUUCUUUUUCUUCUAUGUUUUUUUUUUUUUUUACAAUAGCAAGCAGAGUAUUAAUACAUGCCUGUUUGUUUAAAUCAGGUUAUUCAUCAUACAAAGCUUUAGGAAUAAAGAUAUUUUUAGUUUUACACACCUGAUGCUAAUAAUGGGUCCAUAUGCUAAGUUACUGUACAGAAACAGCAGAGCUAAAGUAGCGUUUUUCCUGUGCUGACAUAGGAAGAAACACUAUAUUCAUGGCAUUAUUCAAACAAGUAUCAAUAUGUUCUUGACUAACUAGUAAAUCAUGAGGUGUAAUAUAGGAAUCGCUUAAUAAAAAUAACUCAAACCGUGGUCAAUUAUUCCCUACAAAGACCGAAUAGUCGGAUGUCAACAUGUAUUUUAUUCAAACUAAAAAAUAUCUCCCAAUAAAUCUUGCUAUGUGUUGAUUUAAAGCUGGAUUUGUCACAAAGGACAACACAUUAAAUGUCGAUUUGUUUGUUUGAUUUAAAAAUCGGCUUUUUGAGAAAAGACAUCUAUAAAGACUUGUCCUGGGGUGGUAAACCCAUCCAGUCUGGCUCAAAACAUACUAAAAGUUAGAAAUAAAAAUGUAUAGCUACUAUUUCAGUAGUUAUGACAUCAUAGCUAGAUGUGGAAGACUCUUUACUUGCAUUGCUAGCUAAACAGGAAUACAGAUGCCUCUUUUUAAAGACUCUAACUUGCUAAAUAGCAGCUACUGCAGCCAAAAGUAACAAUUACACUAAAAUAUAAACACUAAAAAAAUGCUAAAACCGUACUAGAAGCAGCUAACGUAAAGAAAACACUAACUGUCAUUAAGGAACUGUCAUUCUAAUGUUGGCUUACUUCUAUCUAAAGUUAGCUAGCGUUAGCUGCAUAAGCUAACUUGUCAUACCAAAUCAAACAGGCUGUAGCAGCAAAACCUCUGAGUGUUGAAUUAGCCUAGAGAGCGUUUUCUUGCUAACAAAUUCAAUCUUCAAUUUGUAAGAGGAAAACGUGUUAAUUACUCUUUUAAAAGUGUUAUUCUCUGCUAACCCUUUUUCCUGUCGUGUCAAAAAGCUUCCUACAGCUGCUAUGAUAGCAUUUUUAGCAUGCUAAUAUUGCUGUCAUGUUGUGGGUCACAUGAGAGCUAUUAGUUUACCGCUUUGUAACAAAUAUCCAGAAAAAAAAUAACACAAUGACUUCUAAAAAUGUUUUGCUUCUUUAUUUUCACUUGUUGCAGAAGGGGAAUGUUGGUGUCUUCUUUAAAUUCUGUCUUUGAGAGACAAAUUGCCACUUGUUUGACGUAAGAACUGACCUCUUUUGUCAAAUAUCAAGAUACUUCUUGGGGAAAACCUAGCCAUGUUUUCGCUGAUGUUAGCUUCUGUAGGUGACUCGGUUAAUAAGAUGUUAUGGACACCAAGUCUUAUCAGUGAGACUUGUCAAAUAAUGAACUCUUACAUUGUACACUCCAAUAAAAAGGUUGAUAUUUACA